UAUAAAAAGGCCGCCAGAAACCCGCGACGGAACAGACAUUUGAGCCGGCUCAACAGCGGACAUCUCUCUCCACCAUCCCACACCCUCAGCUUUCGGACACGAAACACCCGAGAACUUCAAGAUGCGUCUUCCUACCGUCACGGCCCUCGCUGCCAUCUUCUCCCUCGGCGCUUCGAGCCCCACGCCCCAAGAGGAGCCCGAGGUCGAUCUCUGCCUCCAGCGCAAGUUCCUGGGCGCCGAGCUGUGCCAGGACAUCGACACUUCGUUCAGCAACGAAACCCUGCCGGCCCUCGGGUGGUACUGCUGCUGGUACCAGGGGCCGUUCGCCCCUCCGCCAGCCCUCCCCGUCUCGGCCUGGCUGACUUUCGCGGAGGACGGAUCGGUAGCCAACCGCUGUUUGACCAGAGGAAUUUGCAAGGAGGGCCUGCCCGACGGCAGGUCCUAAGCGGCGAAUGGGGUGGUUUGACGGGAUAACACGACCCGAGGGAUAGGCCGUGGAACGGAUCACUAGUAAAUUUAUAU